AUGCCAGGAGACUCAAAGAACAACCCUGCCAAUGCGUUGGGUUUGAGGUCCCAGACGGGAUACUUGCCUAUCGAAGCUUAUGGGCUUAUCGGGAAUAUGCACACCUGCGCCAUUGUUGGCAUUGACGGUGGAAUCGAUCAAUUAUGCUGGCCGGAAUUCGACUCGCCCAGUGUAUUCGCCCGUAUUCUUGACUGUAACAAGGGUGGCCACUUUUCCAUUUCACCUGCCCUUGACGCCGAAAAGGCCAGUCAUGAAAACUAUUCUCCUCCAACAUCUAAACAGGCCUACCUUCCUUCAAACAACAUUCUCCAAACACGUUUUCUACAUGAAGACGGUGUCGUUAGCCUUCUUGAUUUCUUCCACCGACCUAUUAAGGAUAGGGUCCUUCAAAAAGGUUUGGGAAACGGUUUAAAGAAAUGGUUGAUUAGACGUGCAGAGUGUAUUCGUGGAGAAAUGGAGCUAGAUGUUGAGUGCUUCCCUGCAUUCGAUUAUGCGCGGCUGCCGCAUACGACAGAGAUCUUGAAGCAUAACGACGGAGAGUGUGUUACCAAGAUUCUGUUUAAAACAGAAAGAAAGGAAAUGGCAAUGCAACUCGAAGCCACAAUCGAUUGCGGAGAAGGCGGAACAUGCCCUGUCAUUGACUUCAAAAUUGAAAAGAGGGAGCCCCACCUCGGCCCCGGUGUGACCUGCAAAGUUAAACUCCGUGAAGGACAAUCUGUGUCAUUUGUCUUUAGAUGUGCUAAUGACGCCCAAAAUGAUCCAACGCCCAUUACCACCCCUUUACUCGACGGACUUCAAAAAGAUACGUCGACUUAUUGGUACAAUUGGAUUAGUCAGUCAAAGUAUAAGGGCUUAUACCGGGAAGCGGUUCAAAGGAGCUUGAUGAUAUUGAAAAUGUUGACCUACGAGCCGACGGGGGCGAUCGUAGCGGCUGCGACUUUUUCGUUGCCAGAAGAUGUUGGCGGAGGAAGGAAUUGGGAUUAUCGAUUUUCUUGGGUUCGGGAUUCUUCAUUUACUAUCUACAUUCUCCUUCGAAUGGGGUUUACCGCCGAGGCAGAAGCGUACAUGAAUUUCAUUUCAGACCGCCUCAAAUACUCAAGAAACAAAGAUGCUGGACUUCCCAUCAUGUUUUCCAUUCGCGGGGAAACGGAGCUAGAAGAAGUUGAAUUGAACCAUCUCGAGGGAUACCGCAAGAGCAAACCUGUUCGAAUCGGCAACGGCGCCGCCGACCAUCUUCAGCUAGAUAUCUACGGCGAGUUGAUGGAUGGUAUCUACUUGUAUAACAAAUUUGGCAAGCCGGUAUCAUGGGACCUAUGGGUUUCCGUCAGGUCAAUGAUUGACUACGUCUGUACGGUCUGGAAAUCUAAAGACAUGUCAAUCUGGGAAGUCCGUUCCCGCCAACAAGACUAUGUCUACUCUAAAAUCAUGCUAUGGGUAGCCGUCGAUCGGGGCCUCCGUCUCGCUGAAAAGCGAUGCCUCCCCUGCCCCAACCGGGAUCAUUGGCUCAAAACUCGUGACGAAAUCUACGAAACCGUUAUGAUUAAGGGGUGGAACGAUGAAAAGAAAUUCUUCUGCCAAUCAUUUGAGUCAAAAGACGUUCUUGACUCUUCCAUACUAAUUGCACCAUUGGUCUUCUUCAUUGCGCCAAAUGACCCACGCUUCCUUUCUACGAUUGAUCAGAUCCUGAGACCACCAGAGAAAGGUGGUUUAACAUCCACUGGCCUCGUUUACCGCUAUGAUACCGAGCUCGCCGAAGAUGGUGUCGGAGGUCGCGAAGGUAGUUUCAGCAUGUGUACGUUCUGGCUAGUUGAAGCGUUGACGAGGGCUGGCCGAUACGACAAGAAAUAUCUAGUUCGUGCGAUUACUAUCUUCGAGAAUAUGUUAAGCUUUUCGAACCAUUUGAACAUGUUUUCAGAGGAGAUUGCUAGAACCGGAGAACAGUUGGGGAAUACACCCCAGGCGUUCUCCCACUUAGCUAUGAUUUCUGCCGCAUUUAAUUUAUCCAGGAUCCAAGCUGGAGACUAUAGCGGUAUCUAA